ACCCCAUCACCAAUGGCCAUUCCCACCCACCCCGUCGUCACGCCAUCAUCUGCGCACUGCAGGCCCUCCCACUGAACCUGACCUAUCACAAUCUCGAGACACCUCAUCAUCACCGCAAAAAGGACCAGCUCCAGCCCACCACCACCGCAAGAUGUCCAAACGCUCUCGCAGCACAUCCCGAUCUCCAUCCCCAGAGGGCUGGUCCAGAUCCACCUCCCCAGCAUCCUCAACCACGCCAUCUCUCAACCGGCCCAAGAUCCAUUUUCUUGAUCCCGCGGCCAUGGCUCCCGUCGCGGAAGUCAUGCAUUGCUCGUUACCGCCUCAUCGAGAAACGCUAUCGUUUGUCUCGUAUGAGGACUACGAGGUUCAUUAUAUGCAAGCGCACGUGAAUCGAUGUUCGCAAUGUGGGAAGAAUUUCCCUACGGAUCGGUUCCUGAAUCUCCAUAUCGAGGAGAAUCAUGAUGCUUUGGUUGCGACGAGACGGGAACGGGGGGAGAAGACUUAUGCAUGUUUCGUCGAAGGCUGCGAGCGAGUAUGCUCUACGCCCCAGAAACGCAGAAUGCAUUUGAUAGACAAACAUAUGUUUCCCAAAACAUAUAACUUUUACAUCGUAAAUGACGGUAUCGACAAGCAAACGUCUCUAUUGCGCUCACCACAGAGCCACCGACGUCGCAUAUCCGCCGCUCCGACCUCGCCGCAGGAAGGACGGUUACGGAAUCGACAGACUUCCGUAUCCCAGGCUGAGUCGGGCUCAAAAGCCUCGGCGCCGCCUCAAAAAGACGCCGACGAUAUGGAGAUUGUCGAGCUGGAAAAGUCCAUGUCUGCGUUGCGAUUUGUUCCGGCCAGCGUAGCGAGAAGUCGCGGUAAGGUUGGGGGUAAGUCUUGACUUGGACUAUUGGAUUUUAAAUGGAACGUGAAGCCGGUGUCUGUUUCACCAAGGGUGGGUAAAGUUUACCUAGCUGGUAAUGUGGGCUACUACGGCGUACCGACUUCAACGGUUUCUGGUCUUUCCACGGACUUUUGAAGGCAACUGCACGCUUUCCUUUCAAUACCAGCCACUGAAACACACAACAUUUCAAUACGCUACUGGAGAGCAGCCAGUGUCCAACGGGGCAUGCAAGACAGGGAAUGAGAACACUUCAGCUAAAGAAUGAGUUUCGGUGAUUUCAUCGGUUCUUUGGCUGUUAUAGUCUUCCAGUAUCUCUCAUGCUAAAGGCAAGCCUCAUGGGCUCACCAUAUACCUGGUCAAAAAUGACGACCGGUACACGAAGGCUGCUCUCUCCCGAGAAAAAAAGACAUGGAAUAUAUUUU